UACGGAUAACCCAUCACAUUUUGUUUUAAUUCGCUUUACGCUUUAAUUAAUAUCCCCGCUUUUGUUGUAAAAGAAAAAUAGCUUUCUAUUGAUUUGAUGGGCAUUUUAAAUGAAAUGAGGGGAUUAAUAGUGGUUAAACCAAGACUGUGGUAUGUGUUUAGAUCAUUUUCCCAGGCAGCAGCACCAGCUGCAGAUAAAACAUUGUUGAGCAAGUUAAGGAAGCAGACAGGCGUACCUUUUAUAAACUGCAAGAAGGCUCUUGUCAAGUUUGAUAAUAAUUAUGAUCAGGCUAAACAAUGGUUACUGGAUGAAGCCAAAAAGGAAGGAUGGGCCAGAGCUACUAAACUUCAGUCAAGACCAAUGUCUCAGGGUCUUGUUGCUAUAUUGGGUGAUAGCAAACAAGCUACUAUGAUAGAGGUCAAUUGUGAAACAGACUUUGUGGCUCGUAAUUUAACAUUUAAAAACAUGGUUACCAAAUUAGCAGAGGAGUGUAACAGUUACUUUGACAAACUACCAGACAAUGAGGUGACGCUAGGCAAACUUGAGCUAGAUCAAAUCAAAACAAGUGAGCAGUCCACACUAGCAGACUUGGUGGUGCUGAAUGUUUCCAGCCUUGGUGAGAACAUGGCCAUCAGACGGGGUAUCUUUGUUAGAGCCAACCCAGGCUCAACUUUAAUAUCAUAUGUCCACCCUUCUGCAUCACCAAUACAAGAUCGUGUAAUAUCUGGAAAAUAUGGCGCUAUUGUAGAACUGAAGCAGAAAAACCAGACAGACAAACCUUUGACAUCAUUGAAAAACCUGGGCACGCACCUGUGUCAGCAUGUGAUUGGCAUGAACCCAAAAACCAUAGGAGAAUAUGUGCCUAGAGAGAGCAAACAAAAGGAACCUGAGGUGGUGCAACAGGCGGAAGAGCCAGAGAAAGAUGAGGCUGCUACAGAGGAUGAGGAGAGUGAGGUGACGAAAGAAACACCCACUGUGGAGGAGGAUAGGCUGUUGGCACAAGAUUAUCUGUUAGACACGUCCAUGACGGUGGGGGAGCUUGUCGCAAUUAACAACGUUGAGGUUCUACAGUUUAGGCGUUUUGCUUGCGGGGAGGAAAUUGAAGGAGAGAACAGCUAGUUUUUUUUGUGGUUAUAUAAGAGUGCAAGAACCAAUAUUGUGUGUUUGAUAUUAAACAUGAAUUGAAGUAGUCAGUCAUCUGCACAAUUGUCAGUGAAGAAUGCAAAUGUAUAUCAGUAUU